ACGCCGCGACCUCGAGCACGCCGCCGCUCUCGUCGCAGUAAACGCGGCCGCUCCGGUUGGCCUUGGGGGCGGGGCUGUAGAGGAACUUGCCAAAGCCGCAGAGUGAAGUGAGAAUUCUACUAGAGAGGAGAUGGCUGCCUCUUCAUCCUCCUCAGCCGGUGGGGUCAGUGGAAGUUCUGUCACUGGAUCUGGUUUCAGUGUCUCAGACCUUGCCCCACCACGGAAAGCCCUUUUCACCUACCCCAAAGGAGCUGGAGAGAUGUUAGAAGAUGGCUCUGAGAGAUUCCUCUGUGAAUCCGUUUUCAGCUAUCAAGUGGCAUCUACGCUUAAACAGGUGAAACAUGAUCAGCAAGUUGCUCGGAUGGAAAAACUAGCUGGUCUGGUAGAAGAGCUGGAGGCAGAUGAGUGGCGAUUUAAACCCAUCGAGCAGCUGCUGGGGUUCACACCCUCUUCAAGUUGACCUUGCCUGGACAGUCACCUCUGGGGCACAGCAAGUGCAGGUGCAGUGAGGAAAUUUUCUUACAGCUUACAUAGCCAUCCAGAGAUUCACAGCUCCAUCACUGAAUUGUUAAUUCACAUCCAUACUUGGUUUCUCUGUAUCUGUCCACAAGCAACAAAUACUUAAAUGUGUGAUCUUACAAGGAAA